GCUUGCUGCGCGCUCGCUGCGCACGCUGCGGGGCGGCGUCCGGCAGGUGGGAACGGGCGAGGGAGGCCCCGGGCCAGCGCCCUCCGGGUUGCGGUCACACAGGGAAAGGAAGACCGGCCAGCUCCCCGCAGCCCCCGGAGAACACGCGUGGUGCCCGGACCAAAUCUUAGAGACUGCGAAGGAUCUCAUGAACUCCUAGAACAAGACCUUCCUUGUGGUUUUCUGCUUUGUUAGUCUUUCGAGACAGUGUCUCCGUGUAGACCAGGCUGGCCUCGAACUCCGAGACCCGCCUGCCUCUGCCUCCCCAGUGCCGGGACUAACGGCGUGCAUCUCUGUCCACCGCCCGGCUGAGAGGAAACUGACGCUGAGCAGAUCGCAGGCCUCCAUGUGGGACUCCCCCACCCCACCCGACCCCACGCUUUUAUAAUGGACGUUGUCUUUUGGAAACCUCUUAUCAAAGCUGGGUGGGCUGCCAUGAGCCUGCCAUGCCAGCCCUGGAGAAGAGGAGGCAGAUGAGGCAGGAUUUAGAGACCGGUUCCAGCCAGCCUGGGCAGCAGGGCUCAGAAUGAAAACUUUUAUUUACUUGAGAUGAAACGGAGUACAGAAAGGGAUCCCAGAUGCGAGCUGUGGUAAAAUAAUGUUUUAAAAAUUGUGUUUAUUUACCAUUUAAAGAACGUUAGCAUUUAAUGAGCCUCCCUGUGUGGCUUUUCUCAACACCCUUAAUCUCCUUACUCUUGUGCUGGGGAAUUUGGUCUCUGCAAUGGCAGGCUCCUUGGCCAGCUUGCCUCGCCCCAGACCCACCACACCAGUGACGGGAGCAGCUCCAGUCUUGACCGGUGUCGCUCAGUGACCAGUGUCCACCGUUUACCAGGGUUGACAGUUGGGCAGAAGCUCUGGUUCCUCGUUUAGUGGCAAUGACUUGUACAAACUUUCCCAGAGUGGUGAGGCAUGCUGGCUGCCAGCACCCUCCGCCCCUCCUGGGCACUUCCAGCACUUACCAACGUGGCAAUAGCUGUGGCUCCCGGAGCCCUGGAAUCCAGUCUUGUUCUGUCUGGGUGGCAUGGUGGCUUAAAGGAAAGAGGGAGGCUGGGCUUUCUGAACAAGAUCUCAUGCAGCCCUGGCUGACCUCCAGCCGGUUAUGUAGCCCGGGAACUGCUGUGAGCCCGUGCUGUUCCUGUCGCCACUGCUCGAGUGCUCGGGUUCCAGGGGUGCACCGUGGUGCCAGGCUCACUCGGACGGCUGAAAAGGCUUUGAAGUGACUGAAGAGCCCCAGCCUGCUUCCUGUGUUUCCUGACCGUCUCAUGAGUCAUACCUGCCCUGCCUCGUCACUUACUAAAUUACCAAGGACUGGGGCUGGAGGCCGUUCAGGUGCUCAAGACUGGGUGUUGAAGGAUUCUGUUCUGUUCAAAGCAGCUAACAGAGUGGCUCCGCAGCCUGGAUCUGGGCACGGGACGCACACGCACACUCGCCAGCGCUCUCUUCUGGCCACCGCAGGCACCGCGCCAGUGCCCGCGGCUCCACACAGACACGCAGGCGCACACCAUUAAAGAGAGAGCGCUCGGAGGGUCAGCAAUUGCUGCCCCUGAGGACCGCCAGGCUUGCUUCCCAGAACCCACAGGGCACCUUCUACCAUCCAAACUCCCAAUUCCACGGCACCCAGGCUUUCAUAUGGUACACACGUGUGCAGCCAACACACAAAUUUGUUUUACAUCGUAAAUCUUUAAAAAGUAGCUGGACAAAGCAACUCAUGCCUUUAAUCCCAGGCAGAGGCAGGUGGAUCACUGAGAGCUUGGGGCCAGCCUGCUCUACAGAGUGAGUUCUAGGACAGCCAGAGCUACAUAGUGAGACUGUCUCAAAAAUAAGUAAUGAAACACUUAAAAUUUGGACUGGCUAAAUGGCUCAGUGGACAAGGGAAUGUUCCAUUCUCAGAACCCACAGGUUAGGAGGUGAGAAAACGGCCUCAAGCUGACUCUGCCUGUCUGCCAUAGCGCACACCACGAAUAUAAUAAUGAUCUUUUUAAUCGUUAAAAUUCCUUCUUAGCCUCCCAAAGUAUCAUUCGCUAGUUACCGUAAGAAGUGGAAUCCGAGGCCACCAUGUGCUAAGCAGAUGCCCUGCAAAUGAGCUGCAUCUCCUCGUUACCACAGAUGCCGGAGUCAGAGUGGGUGCCGCGCAGCUGGCCAGAGCGGGCCGAGAAUGGGCAUUUACGCUGGGCAUUUAUGGUUGUCUAGCGGGCUUACGUCCCGAGCUCCUGGGAGAGCUGUACUCUCUGCCUGCUUCUCCCCUGCUGCUCCUGUGCGGCGUCACUACAGACCUAAACUCCAGAGCAAAGCCACGCGUUCCAUACCUCAACAGCUGGUCCUUUGCAUGUGCAGAGAUGCCACUGCUGACCAGGAAAGCAGCAUGUGACUUUGGACUUGUUUUCAACAAGACUGUGAAGCGCAGCUGCCCUUGUGGCCUGGAGGCUGGGAGUGAAAGGAAGGAAAGAGGGAACCCUAUUUCUGUUCAGCUGUUCCCCCCAGAGCUGGUGGAGCACAUUGUGUCCUUCCUCCCAGUCAAAGACGUUGUGGCCCUGGGCCAGACUUGCCACUACUUCCACGAAGUGUGUGACGCCGAGGGCGUGUGGAGGCGCAUCUGUCGAAGCCUGAGCCCACGCCUCCGAGACCAGGGCUCUGGUGCCCGGCCUUGGAAGAGAGCUGCCAUCCUUAACUAUACAAAGGGCCUGUAUUUCCAGGCAUUCGGAGGGCGCCGCAGAUGUCUCAGCAAGAGUGUGGCCCCCAUGCUGGCCCACGGCUACCGCCGCUUCUUACCCACGAAGGACCACGUGUUCAUCCUCGACUACGUGGGGACUCUCUUCUUCCUCAAAAACGCGCUGGUGUCGUCCACCCUCGGCCAGAUCCAGUGGAAGCGGGCCUGCCGCUAUGUGGUGCUGUGUCGAGGCGCUAAGGAUUUUGCCUCCGACCCGCGAUGUGACACGGUGUACCGCAAAUACCUCUAUGUCCUGGCCACCCGGGAGCAGCCGGCGGUGGUGGGCGCCACUGGCAGCCGGGCCUGUGACUGUGUGGAGGUCUAUCUGCAGUCCAGCGGGCAGCGGGUCUUCAAGAUGACGUUCCACCACUCCAUGAGCUUCAAGCAGAUCGUGCUGGUCGGCCAGGAGACGCAGCGGGCCCUCCUGCUCCUCACAGAGGAAGGGAAGAUCUACUCCCUGGUGGUGAACGAGACCCAGCUGGACCAGCCGCGCUCUUACACGGUGCAGCUGGCGCUCAGGAAGGUGUCCCGUUGCCUGCCGCACCUGCGCGUGGCCUGCAUGGCCUCCAAUCAGAGCAGCACCCUGUACAUCACGGACCAGGGGGGAGUGUAUUUUGAGGUGCACACCCCAGGGGUGUAUCGUGAUCUCUUUGGGACCCUUCAAGCCUUUGACCCCCUGGACCAUCAGAUGCCGCUUGCUCUGUCCCUGCCUGCCAAGGUCCUGUUCUGUGCUCUUGGCUACAAUCAUCUUGGCCUGGUGGAUGAGUUUGGCCGGAUCUUCAUGCAGGGAAAUAACAGAUACGGGCAGCUGGGCACUGGAGACAAAAUGGACCGAGGGGAACCCACACAGGUUCAUUAUUUGCAACGCCCCAUUGCCCUGUGGUGUGGCCUCAACCAUUCCUUGGUGCUGAGUCAGACCUCGGAUUUCAGCAAGGAGCUGCUGGGGUGCGGCUGUGGGGCCGGAGGCCGCCUUCCUGGCUGGCCGAAGGGGAGUGCCUCCUUUGUCAAGCUGCAGAUCAAGGUCCCCCUGUGUGCCUGCUCCCUCUGCUCCACCAGAGAGUGUCUGUACAUGCUGUCCAGCUACGACAUCGAGCGGUGCCCGGCCUACCGAGACCUGCCAGCCAGCAGGGCCUCGGGAAGCCCGGAGCCCAGCCAGGCGGCUGGAGCCCCCCAAGACCCUGGGGGGACAGCCCAGGCCUGUGAGGAGUACCUCAGCCAGAUCCACAGCUGCCCCACGCUGCAGGACCGGAUGGCGAAGAUGAAGGAGAUUGUGGGCUGGAUGCCCUUGAUGGCUGCCCAGAAGGAUUUCUUCUGGGCCGCGCUGGACAUGCUGCAGAGGGCUGCGGGUGCGGGCGGUCCAGGCACCUCGGCCUCUGAGAGCUGACCCCUCCCCCUCGCCUCUACUCCUGAGGAGGUCAGGCCCUGGGCUAGGGCUGAGGAGAGCCGGAGUGACAAAGAAGACUGUGUGUACGGGGGUGGGGGUGGGGCGGGUGGCACGGAGCAGUGCUGGACAUGGCGAGGUAGCGUAGGGAACUCUCUAUAAUGUGCAGGGGGCUGCCCAGGAGGGGCCCCCGACCCCACUAUCAUGGGCAGGAAAUUUGAUGGACAGUAGAA